UAUACCUUCAAGAAGACGCAAGGCAGAAAUGUAGCUUUGCCUUUUAAUGAAGUGUAUAAAGAGCUACGUGUCUUCAACCUCCCUCCUCGCAGCACUACAAAGAGGAUUGAAUAGUAGCUGGUCACCGCAUCAUAGACUACUAGGCAUGUGUGUUGCAGGCUGACUUUGGAGUGACGUGAAUCGCAUCUCCACCCAGGCAGGAACAAGGAGGCGGAGUGUGACGCCACUCUCACUCUGUCACUCUCCACCAAGGCAGCCAGCACCACCUCUACCACCAUUCUGAAGGAAGGGCAUCAUCACCACCACCACCACCACCAGCAGCAGCCAGAGCUAUGGACGAAAACGUAGAGGACUGCUUAGUAUGUCUCAUCUCCUUCGACGACACCCUCAGGCGGCCACGCACUCUGCCGUGUGGUCACACUUUUUGCACGCCGUGCAUUAAUGAACUGGAGGAGCAGGGUGUCAUCAUCUGCCCCACAUGUAGGGUGAGUCACGCCCUGCCUGAGGCCGGCCAGUUCCCUAUCUCCUAUAUCACAGAGGGCCUUAUCAGGAAGAUGAGAGGUGCAGGACUGGCCUGUGUGGCACCCAAGCCAGGGAAGCAGCGGACAGCUCCGGCAGCAGUGACACAGCCUGCACCAAGGGCCACAGCAGGACUCAGCAAGAAGACACGGUCCCUGCUGCAGGAGGAAGAGAUGAAGGUCUUGGCUGCCAUCCGCUCCUGCCAGGAGGAGCAGAGCCAGCUGGCAGACUACCUGACAACCCUGGGUGGGUGGUGUGGCCGCCAGCAGCAGCUGCAGGACGAGCUGCAGACGCUGGUGGACCAGAGCAAGGGUGCCCUGAAGGCGAUAAGCAGCGAGGAGUCCUGCGUGAAGGGCAGGCAGGAGGAGGUGCGGCAGAGAGAGGAGGCGCUGCACGCCAUGCUGCAGGAGCUGCGCACCCCAUCAACACGACAGGAAGCUUACGAGGUGAUUGAGGAUGCAGACCAUCUGCUGGAGGAGGAGGAGAGGGCGGCAGUGUUUCCUGACGUCCACGUGGUCACCACCGUCGCCAGGGUGGCGGAAUCAUCCCAUGCAGCCGCUGCGGCCACACAGACGGCGCUGGAAUCAGCGGGCACUGCUGCUGCUGCAGGGGAGUCAAGCCUGCCGGCGGCCACUGCCGCAGCCUCCUCCAUCGCGGACAGACUGGCGUCCCUGCUGGCACCGCCCUUGACGGCGGAGGAGCUGCUGAGGCUGACGCAGCGUGCCAGGGGCCUGGUGGAGGCUGGCCGUGUGUUGGCCGUCCAGGACGUGGAGGGACAAAGUCGGCACGCCAGAAUCAGCCUGGAAUCAUGUCAACUGCACCUUUACUCCCUGCAGGCCACGCCCCCGCCCCCCCACGCCCUCACCCUGCAGAUGGGCAAGGUGGUGCCGGCCGCCCCGCCCUGCGAGGUGUUCCUGGACCUGGCGUGGCCCGGCAGUGCGGCGCGGCGGGUGGUGGUGAGUCUACCCCAGGACACUUCCUCCGGCCGGCAGUUUGUGUUGCUGUGCUCGGGGCAGUGGGGCGCCUGCUACGCCAACACCAAGCUGUUUAGUGUCGGGAGAGAGGGCGAGCCAGGGGAGUGGGUGGAGGGAGGUGACUAUGAGACCAAUGAUGGGGAGGGAGGAGCCCCUGUACUGCCCAAUUUAUACUAUGGUGACUACUGGUACUCAGGCAAGGCGGGGGCGGUGUGGCAGCAGUGGAGAGACUCUGCACGGGACACUCAGUUUGGCAUCAUAACACGGAAUUGUAAACCUGGUGGUAGUUAUGGACUUUAUGUUGAUGUGUUUGGUGAGGUGGUGCGUGGCCUGAAGGUGGUGCAGGAGGCAGCCCAGCACCGCCCCAUUACUGAGGUGACUGUGGUGCAGUGUGGCGUCCUGCUCACAACACCACCACCGCACUGAGACACACACACACACACGCUUUCCCAUCUAUUCCUCCCUAUUCCUUUCACCAUUAACAUAUUCCUUAUAUCCUAUCCUUCAACUUUCCAUUAUCUCAUCAGGAAGCGAACUGCCACUUGCCUCAUGCCUGACUGAACCCUUUUGAGUAAUAAAUGUGUUCAAUCUUCUUC